GCGAAGCUCAACACCAUCCAGCUGGGACCGGCUUCGUGGAGACAGACAUGGCGUGUGGCUUCCGCAGGUCUAUCGCCUGUCAGGGGACACGGGUUCGAGCCCUGGUCCGGGGAGAUCCCACAUGCCGCGGAGCAGCUAAGCCUGAGAGUCACAACUACUGAGCCCACAUGCCACAACUACUGAAGCCCGCACGCCUAGAGCCCAUGCUCCGCAACAAAGUCACCUCAGUGAGAAGCCCGCGCACCACAACAAGGAGUAGCCCCUGCUCACUGCAACUAGAGAAAGCCUGCGUGCAGCAACGAAGACCCAACGCAGCCAUAAAUAAGUAAAUAAACAAACAAACAACUUUCAAGAGUGUUGGAUCUUCCUCCAGAAUACUUGAUCAAGUCAAUAUCUGCAGUUCCAAUUUCCAGAAAAGAAGAAGUAGCUGACUUUCAGCUUUCUGUGGAUUCUCUAUUGGAACACAACAAUGGCCAUUCAAGACCAGAUAUUCAACUUCAAGCCAUGAGACUGGCAGAGAAGCUAAAAUGUGACACGGUGGUGAGUGAAAUCAGCACUGGUCCAGGGACUGUAAAUUUCAAAAUAAACAGAGAACUAUUAACAAAGACAGUACUACAAGAAGUGAUUGAAGAUGGCUCAAAAUAUGGAUUAAAAAGUGAACUGUUUUCUGGCCUUCCCCAGAAGAAGAUCGUGGUUGAAUUCAGUUCACCUAAUGUUGCCAAAAAAUUUCAUGUUGGACAUUUGCGUUCUACCAUCAUAGGAAACUUUAUAGCAAAUCUCAAAGAAGCUUUAGGACAUCAAGUAACAAGAAUAAAUUAUCUUGGAGAUUGGGGCAUGCAAUUUGGUCUUUUGGGAACUGGCUUCCAGCUGUUUGGCUAUGAAGAAAAACUCCAGUCCAAUCCUUUACAGCAUCUCUUUGAAGUUUAUGUACAAGUUAAUAAAGAAGCAGCAGACGACAAAAAUGUAGCAAAAUCAGCACAUGAGUUCUUCCAGCGAUUGGAACUGGGCGACACGCAAGCACUUGCACUCUGGCAGAAAUUUCGGGACUUGAGCAUAGAAGAGUACAUUCGGAUUUACAAGCGUCUAGGAGUACACUUUGAUGACUAUUCAGGAGAAUCAUUUUAUCGUGAAAAAUCUCAAGAAGUCUUAAAGUUGCUGGACAGUAAAGGACUCCUACAGAAAACAAUAAAAGGCACAGCUGUAGUGAAUCUGUCAGGGAAUGGUGACCCCUCCUCAAUUUGUACUGUAAUGCGAAGUGAUGGGACGUCUCUCUAUGCAACCAGAGAUCUUGCAGCUGCUAUAGAUCGAAUGGACAAGUAUAAUUUUGAUAAAAUGAUUUAUGUGACAGAUAAAGGGCAAAAAAAGCAUUUUCAGCAAGUGUUCCAAAUGCUGCAGAUCAUGGGAUAUGACUGGGCAGAAAGGUGCCAGCACGUGCCCUUUGGGGUAGUGCAGGGAAUGAAGACGCGAAGAGGAGACGUUACUUUUCUGGAAGAUGUUCUAAAUGAGAUUCGACUGAGGAUGCUACAGAACAUGGCUUCUAUUAAGACUACCAGAGAGCUGGAGAACCCCCAGGAGACAGCAGAGAGGGUGGGGCUCGCAGCCGUCAUCAUUCAGGACUUCAGAGGUUUCCUGUUAUCUGACUAUCAGUUCAGCUGGGAUCGUGUUUUCCAGAGUCGCGGGGACACGGGAGUCUUCCUGCAGUACACACACGCCCGCCUCCACAGUUUGGAAGAGACUUUUGGAUGCGGUUAUCUAAAUGACUUCAACACUGCUUGCUUACAAGAGCCACAGUCUGUUUCCAUUCUCCAGCAUCUUCUCAGGUUCGAUGAGGUGCUUUAUAGGUCAGCCCAAGACCUUCAACCCAGGCACAUUGUCAGUUACCUUCUAACUCUAAGUCAUCUUGCAGCGGUGGCACACAAAACACUACACAUAAAAAGCAGUCCUCCUGAAGUGGCCGGGGCCAGACUUCAUCUUUUCAGAGCUGUCCGCUCAGUCCUAGCCAACGGAAUGAAACUUCUUGGAAUAACACCUGUAUGUAGGAUGUAAUUUCUAAUUAAAAUUGCUUUUAAAAUACUAAAUGAAUUCUAGUUAUCUAUUCUUACAUGCCUUGCUAUUUAGAAUAGAAUUGAAACUAUUAUUCUGUGUCAGAAUCUAUAUUUUAUUGUCUAUAUUUUAUUAAGUGAUUUAUCAACUUAUUAAAUCUUUAUCUUUUAAAAAAAUCAUCUGAGUUUCCUCAUGGUCAGUAAGUACUAAACAGACUUUUGUUAAACUAAGUUAAAUCUUUUUAAAGUCAUUGUGGUCUACCGGAGACAAAGGAUUAGAGUUUAAACUCUGGCUUGAGGGUUUUUUUGUUUUUCUUUUUUAAUUGAAGUAUAGUUGAUUUACAAUAUUUCAUUAGUUUCAGGUGUACAACAUAGUGAUUCAAUAUUUUUAUAAAUUAAACUCCAUUUAAAGUUAUUACAAAGCAAUGGCUAUAUUUUUCUGUGCUGUGCAAUGUAUCUUUCUUCCUUAUUUUAUACAUAGUAGUUUGUAUCUCUUAAGCCCCUACCCCUAUCUUGCUCCUCCCCCCUUCCCACUCCCCACUGGUAACCACUAGUUUGUUCUCUACAGCUGUCAGUCUGUUUUGUUAUAUUCAUUUGUUUGUUUUAUUUCUUAGAUUCCACAUAUAAGGGAUAACGGAGUAUUUGUCUUUCUCUGACUUAUUUCACUAAGCAUAAUCUCUAGGCCCAUCCACGUUGUUGGGAAUGGCAAAAUUUCAUUCUUUUUAUGGCUAAUAUUCAUGUAUAUACACCACAUCUUCUGUUGAUGGACACUAGGUUACUUCCAUAUUUUUGCUAUUGUAAACAGUGCUGCUAUGAACAUUGGGGUGCAUGUAUCUUUUUGAAUUAGUGUUUUUGUUUUCUUCAGAUAUAUACCCAGGAGUGGAAUUGCUGGGUCAUAUGGUAGUUCUAUUUUUAGUUUUUUGAGGCGCCUCCACACUGUUUUCCAAAGUGGCUGCACCCAUUUACAUUCCCACCAACAGUGGGAGUAAAAGUCCCCUACUGUGUCUGUGCACAAAUGUGCACACUCCUUGUGAGCAGUGUCCAGGCUUCCCACAGCCCUCCUGUCCCACCAGCCCUCGGACCAGCCAGGGGCCUGCCUUCCCUGUGCCGGACCCAGGGCUGGGGUGCCCAAUAUGUGGCUUGAACUGCUCACUUCCAGGGAGGAUCUCCACCCGUGUGAUCUCCCUUUUUCUGAGUCCCCUCCCUGGGGCACAAGUCCCAACCUGCUCACUUCUCUUCCCUUCCUACCCGAUUCUGUGUGGAUCUUUCUUACAGCCUUGGCUAUACAGGAGUCUUUCUGCCAGUUUCCAGUUAGUUUUCAGUGAGACUGUUCCACAUGUAGAUAUAGAUAGAUAGAUAGAUAGAUAGAUAGG